AUGGACCGCAUCAAGGAGAAACUCAACUCGCUCCGUGUCGAGGCUGAUGCCGCCGCCGAGCGCGCCGACGAGCUGGCGGCCAAGAACAAGCAGCUGGAGCAGGAGCUGCUGACCAAGGACCAGGAGAUUGCGUCGUUGCAGCACAAGCUGAGCGUGGCCGAGGGCGACCUGGACAAGCUCGAGGGCAAGCUGCACGAGCACAAGGCGGUGCGCGAGGAGCACGAGUCCAACGCCACCAACUCGGAAUCGCUGCAGCGCAAGGUCGACCUGCUCGAGAGCGAGCUCGACACUGCCGAAAAGAACCUGCGCGAGACCACGGAAAAGCUGCGUCAGGUCGACGUCAAGGCGGAGCACUUUGAGCGCCAGGUGGCGACGCUGGAGCGCGAGGUGUCGCAGUGGGAGAAGAACACGCCAGGUGGCGGUGGCCCAGACGACAGCGGGGAUGCAGAGGAGGAGCGAUUGCUGGCGGCAGGCGAGGAGGAAGAGGUGGAAGGCGAGCAAGAGAUGGACGACGGCGGAGUGGUCAGCAUGGUGCGGAGCUUGUCGCAGCGGUCGCUCAGUCUGGUCAAGCCGGCAGUGCAGGAGCUGUUGGUGACCUUGCUGGGAGUCUGGGCGCAGAUGCUGCUCAUGCUGCUCGCUUCUGGGCAUGCUGCAGCAUCGCCGGACUACGCAAGUCCUGACAAAGGUGGUAGCGACACAACCAGCAAAGAGUCGGAAGAGCUGCAAGGCGAUUCGCAGCCGAUCUUGCAGGAUACGCUGUCACCCAGAACCAUGCUUGCGGCGUUGCCGGCCCAAGUCUGUACCUGA